CCCCAACAUUCCUUUACGCUGGUGUUAGGAACUUCUUCACAUCUUUUCAAGCUGACCAAUACGCUGCCAAGCUGCUUGUACGCUCUACAUUGGACUGGAAAAAAAUACAUCUAAAGCCUACUACAUCGUCCAUGUACAAUUAUGAAAGGACAGAAGCACGUACAAUCAUUCCUUGCCAUGUAUGUAGUGACUUUAUUGACGUUACAAACAUCAGAAGGACAACAGCUACCAGACGAGACGUGCACCAUUCAGAUCCUCGUCCCUGGCCUCAAAGGAGAACCGGGAGAGAAAGGACCAAAGGGAGCCCCUGGGAGACCAGGAAGAGUGGGCCCACCGGGGCAAAUUGGUCAACCCGGGCUUAAAGGACAGAAAGGUAUUAUGGGACAUUACGGAAAAGUGGGACCUAGUGGAAUAAAAGGCAUAAAGGGAGACAUGGGGGAUCCAGGACCGAAAGGCCCAGAUGGAGAGCCAGGCAUCCCAUGUGAAUGCUCACCAAUAAGAAAGAUGAUUGGCGAAAUGGACAUCGUUGUGGCUCAGCUAUCUUCAGACUUGAAGUUCAUCAAAAAUGCUGUCGCUGGCAUAAAAGAGACAGACAGUAAGGUGUAUCUGCUGGUGAAGGAGGAGAAACGUUACUCGGAUGCCGAACGCUAUUGCCAGAUGAGGGGAGGGCAUCUAGCCAUGCCCAAGGAUGAGAGCGCCAACACGGCCUUGGCGGGCUACAUCACUGAAGCGGGUCUAAGCAGAGUCUACAUUGGCGUCCACGACCUGGACGUGGAAGGAGUGUUCACCUACGUGGACCGCUCUCCCAUGUCCACCUUCAGUAAAUGGAGAAAAGGUGAACCCAAUAAUGCUUAUGACGAUGAGGAUUGCGUUGAAAUGGUGGCUUCUGGAGAGUGGACGGAUGUUGCGUGCCACCCGACAAUGUUUUUUGUAUGUGAAUUUGACAAGGAUGUUAUUUGAGUUGCUAUUGGAAAAAAUGGACUACAAGACUUGCAUUGUUAAAAUGAUGCAAAAAAAAAUAGUACCACUUUAUAAUACGGAUAAACUUUUGAACGGUAUUAUAAAUUCAUUAUUUAGUAGUUGGUUUACACAUGGUUGAUAUUUUUUUUCCCAUAGAAAAUUAAGGAAAUAGAAAUAACCCAUUCUAAUGUCAAACCAUUUUGUUAACACAAGGACAUUGUUAAUAAUACUUCUUCACUCAUAGGAAAUAAUUUUCCCAUAAUAAAAACUUGAUAUACUGUACAGAAAAUGCAUACAAGUGUAAAAAUAAAUUAUCUGCUUCUUAUUUAAAAGCAAAAUGUUGUGACAAACAAUCAGAAAAGAGUAGCUGUUAAUAUUGAAGAAUAAAAUGAGAUUGUUUGCUCCUUUACAUAACAUACAAACAUAUAUUUACUC